AUGGGUGGCACAGGCAAAACCACACUUGCCCAGCUGCUCUACAAUGACCAAAGGGUGAAGGAACACUUCGAUCUCAAGGCAUGGGUUUGUGUUUCCGAAGAAUUUGAUCCUAUCAGAGUUACGAAAACAAUUCUCGAGGCAAUCAAUUCAUCCACGUCCAAUACCACUGAUCUAAAUCUACUUCAGGUUCAACUGAAGGAGAGAAUUAAUAUGAAGAAAUUUUUACUUGUCCUGGAUGAUGUUUGGAACGAAGACUCUUGUGACUGGGAUGCGCUACGAACUCCACUGAUUGUCGGGGCAAAGGGAAGCAAGAUUAUUGUAACUACGCGAAGCACCAAUGUUGCAUUUGCCAUGCGUGCAGUCCAUACUCAUUGUUUAGGUGGGUUAUCCUCUGAAGAUGGUUGGUCCCUGUUCAAAAAACUUGCAUUUGAAAGUGGAGACUCAAGUGGGCAUCCACAACUAGAAGCAAUCGGAGAAAAGAUUGUCCACAAGUGCCAAGGUCUACCGCUGGCUAUAAAAGCAAUGGGGAGUCUCUUACACUCCAAGGUUGAAGCAAGAGAAUGGGAUGAGGUAUUAAACAGUGAAUUAUGGGAUUUGCCCACAAAUGCGGUUCUUCCUGCUCUGAGGUUGAGUUAUUAUUACCUGCCUUCACAUCUAAAACGCUGUUUUUCUUAUUGUUCAAUCUUUCCCAACGACUACAAAUUCGAAAAGGAGAAGCUAGUUUUGUUAUGGAUGGCAGAAGGUUUGUUGGAACAAUCAAAAAGCAAGAAAAGAAUGGAAGAGGUAGGUAAUUUGUACUUUCAAGAACUUCUAUCAAAGUCCUUUUUCCAAAAUUCAAUAAGAAAUAAGUCAUGUUUUGUAAUGCACGACCUCGUUAAUGACUUGGCACAAUUGGCAUCCCUAGAAUUUUCUGUUUCUUUGGAGGAUGGUAAGAUACACAGAGUCUCGGAGAAAACUCAUCAUUUGUCAUAUUUGAUUAGUGGAUAUGAUGUAUAUGAGAGAUUUGAUCCACUUUCUCAAAUGAAGUGUCUCCGAACAUUUUUACCAAGAAGAAAAUAUUAUUAUUCAUACUUGAGUAAUAGAGUUUUACAUCAUCUAUUGCCGGAAAUGAAAUGUUUACGAGUGUUGUGUUUGAAUAAUUAUCGUAUUAUUGAUUUGCCUCAUUCGAUUGAGAAGUUGAAACACUUGCGCUACUUGGAUCUCUCAAUGACAACGAUUCAAAAGUUGCCUGAAUUAGUUUGUAACUUAUACAAUUUACAAACAAUGAUGUUAUCAAGAUGUUAUUGGCUUGUUGAAUUACCCUCAAGGAUGGAAAAAUUGAUUAAUUUGCGCUACCUUGAUAUUCGUUAUACUUCUUCGGUGAAAGAGAUGCCAAGUGAGAUAUGUAAGUUAAAGAAUUUACAGUCACUUUCUACAUUUAUUGUGGGCCAAAAUGGUGGGUUAAGAUUGGGAGCAUUGAGGGAGCUUUCGGGAAGUCUUGUCAUUUCAAAGCUGCAGAAUGUAGUAUGUGAUAGGGAUGCAUUAGAAGCUAAUAUGAAGGAUAAAAAGUACCUUGAUGAGUUGAAGUUUGAGUGGGAUAAUGAGAACACUGAUGUUGGUGUUGUGCAAAAUAGAAGGGAUAUACUUAGCAGCUUACAGCCACAUACAAACCUCAAGAGACUCCAUAUCAAUUCUUUUAGUGGUUUAAGCUUUCCAGCUUGGGUAGGAGAUCCUUCAUUCUUCAAUCUUGUUGACCUGGGGCUUCAGAAUUGUAACAAUUGCUCGUCAUUGCCACCACUCGGGCAGCUACCCUCUCUUAAACAUCUUUCUAUCUUAGAAAUGAAAGGAGUUAAAAUGGUGGGUAGUGAAUUUUAUGGGAAUGCUUCUUCCUACAACACAAUUAAGCCCUCCUUCCCGUCCCUACAAACUCUAAGGUUCGAGAGGAUGUACAACUGGGAGAAAUGGUUAUGUUGUGGAUGCAGACGUGGCGAAUUCCCUCGUCUUCAGCAGCUUUGUAUAAAUGAAUGUCCCAAACUCACUGGGAAAUUACCAAAACAGCUUCGUUCAUUGAAGAAACUUGAAAUCAGUAGUUCCGAGUUGGUUGUGGGCUCCCUCCGAGCUCCUCAAAUCCGUGAAAGGAAAAUGGGGUAUCAUGGUAAAUUUCGGUUGAAAAGGCCAGCUGGUGGGUUCACUGAUCUCCAAACUUCAGAAAUUGAAAUUUCAGACAUCUCUCAAUUGGAGGAACUGCCACCACGAAUACAGACGCUAAGAAUCAGAGAAUGUGAUUCGAUAGAGUGGGUAUUGGAGGAGGGAAUGCUACAAGGAAGCACAUGUCUUCUCCAACAUUUGCACAUCACAAGUUGUCGUUUCUCCAGACCCUUGCACAGUGUUGGUUUACCCACCACAUUGAAGUCACUAAUUAUCUGGGAGUGUACCAAACUGGAGUUUCUCCUGCCUGCGCUAUUGACAUCCCACCUUCCAUUCCUUGAAUAUUUAUACAUUUUUUAUGUUACCAGCCGUAAUUCUUUCUCAUUAUCUUUCUCAUUAAGCAUCUUCCCACGGUUGACUCAUUUGCACAUCCUUGAAUUUGAAGGGCUUGCAUUCCUCUCCAUCUCCAUUUCAGAGGGGGAUCCCACUUCUCUUAAUCGUUUGGAUAUCCGAAAGUGCCCUGAUCUUGUAUAUAUUGAAUUGCCCGCUCUUGAGUCAGCACACAAUUAUAUCUUCAGAUGCAGGAAGCUGAAGUUGCUGGCGCACACACACUCAUCGUUGCAGGAAUUGAGGUUAAUAGAUUGUCCAGAAUUGUGGUUUCAGAAAGAUGGUUUGCCCUCCGACCUACGUGAAGUUGAAAUUUCAUCCUGCAACCAACUCACAUCUCAGGUGGACUGGGGUUUGCAAAGACUGGCCUCUCUUACAAAAUUCACAAUCAGUGGUGGAUGCCAAGACAUGGAAUCAUUUCCCAAGGAAUCCCUACUGCCCUCCACACUUUCCUCUCUUAACAUAUCUGGUCUUCCGAAUCUCAAGUCUCUGGACAGCAAGGGGCUACAACAACUUACCUCUCUAACAACAUUAUCCAUCUCCGAUUGCCCUAAGUUCCAAUCCUUCGGAGAAGAGGGGCUUCAACAUCUUACCUCUCUUGAAAAAUUAAAGAUGGACUCCCUCCCUGUGCUCGAAUCCUUGAGAGAAGUAGGUCUUCAACACCUCACCUCUCUUAAAAAAUUGUCUAUCUCCAAUUGCCAACAUCUCCAAUGCUUGACAAAAGAGAGACUGCCAAACUCCCUCUCUCGUCUGAAAAUCAAGAGUUGUCCUUUGCUGGAGCAUGGGUGCCAGUUUGAGAAAGGCCAAGAUUGGGAAUAUAUAGCUCACAUUCCACGCAUAGUGAUAGGUGGUGUGCUCUACUAA